UAUUAGAAAUUUGAAAGUUAACUUACUCAUACAUGGUUCAAAUCGAAAUACAAAAAGUUAAGUAAAAUAUUGCACAAUCAUUUUUAGUAAGUACUGCCAAGAUUUCAAUGUCAGUUAAGAGAUAACCUUAUUUACAGUACAAUAUGUUUCCAUUACGUCAUCAGUUGCUAUCUCAUUAUUAUCCCGCUCUCAUAUAUAAAAGCCAGUUCUUAGCCAGACUCUCAUCGUACCCGACUGAUCAAGACAAAGCGGCCAUCUUGAAUAUCUAUAAUUAUGAAAUCUACGAUUAUAAAUCGUAGAGCUUGUGCGGGAUCAGAGGCAGCUGUAACAUGAUGUGAAUUUGAGCCCAAGCAAGCGAUGAGAUUAAAAUGGAACCGACAUUAACAUGUGCAGGUGACAACAGUGAUGGGAAAAAUGCGAAAAUUACAGCGACGCUCGAUGAAGCAAUGUUGCUAUCAGGUUUUGGCAUAUUCAACAUUGUACACAUGAUAAUGUCUGGUCUGAUGCUAAUGGGCAUGAUCACGCUGAGUCUGGUACUCGGUUUCGUCAUACCAGCGGCGCAAUGUGAUCUGGAACUUACGAUGUUUCAAAAAAGUUGGCUGUCGGCUAUUCCUUUUGCAGCUAUAAUAGUUUCAUCAUAUUUCUGGGGUUGGAUAGCAGAUACCAAAGGCAGACGACCAAGCAUGUUGGUGUCUAUGGUCUUGUCUAUUAUUGGGACAUUGCUGACCAGUUUCGCUCCAAACCUUAUUUCAUUUGCGAUUUUACAGUUCAUCACGGGAAUAUUUACUACCGGUCCUUCAGCAAUAGUAUAUACCUACUUAGGAGAAUGUAACAACAUCCGGCAUAGAGACAAGAUGGUGACAUUUGGUUCUUCAUUCAUUGGUUUGGGCAAUGUCUUCCUGCCUUGUGUUGCUUGGAUAAUCCUACCUCUAGACUUCUCAUACCCGCUCGACUUUUUGGACAUUUCGUACCGUUCGUGGCGAUUAUGUCUCGUAGUUUGUUCAUUACCGUACGUUCUGGCGAGCAUAUUCUUAGCCUUUGCUCUCGAAAGUCCUAAAUUCCUUUACGCAAAUGGAAAGCAUGAUGAGGCUCUGGAGGUUGUCAAAACUAUGUACGCCGUAAAUAGUAGGAAGUCAAGGGAUAGUUUUCCGGUAAAGUCACUGAUUGUUGAAAACCAAGUAACAAAGUUGAAUGAGCACAAAGGUGUGCGAGCUGUGUUCGCUUCUAUGAAGGAACAAACUUUCCCAAUCUUCACGCCGCCGCUGCUCCAGUGGAUAUGUCUCACCUGCUUCGUCCAUUUCGGAAUAUUUGCUGCUACUAAUGGCUUCUACAUCUGGUUCCCAACGAUAUUGAACUCGUUAGCCCUCAGUGACAGCACGAACAUGAAAAUCUGUGAUGUCAUAGAAUCACAAGUAGAAGUCGCUGCUGAAGCCAUAACGAACACUACGGUAAUAUGCGAUGAUACCAUCCACACUUCCACCUUCGAGCAAUCAAUCUACGUCAGCCUGGCGUUCUACUCCAUGUACUUCAUCGCUGGUGCGCUGGUCGACUUUCUGGGGAAAAAGUUGUUAUUAGUCGCUACCCUCGUUGUGACCGGGAUGUGCGGUGUUGGUGCCCAUUUGGCUGCCGACCAGACGGCUGCGGUCAUAUUGUUCGGGAUCUUCCAAAUGUCGGGCGCUUGUAUUGGAUUGGUGAAUGCAGCUGGAGUGGAACUGUUUCCUACUAAGUAUAGGGCCAUGGCUAUUUGUCUGUCCAUGAUGGUGGGCCGAACCGGAGCCGUGGUCGGAUCCAACCUUAUUGGCUGGUUCUUACAAGUCAACUGCGGAGCGGGAUUCUAUCUUUUUGGAUUUCUCCUAGUCGUUGACGGUUUAGUUUGUCUCGCUUUACCCAACAAGAAAAAAGAGAAAUCAACACCAUUACCUGAAUCAGUUCCAAGACCAGUACAAGAAGCCUAAUACUAUGUAUUUUAAAUAGGUAGACAUUAAGAUAUAGCGUAAUAAACGAAUACUAAAAAAA